AUGAUAGAGGAUACAAUGACUUUGCUGUCUCUACUGGGUCGGAUCAUGCGUUACUUCUUGCUUAGACCGGAGACCCUGUUCUUGCUGUGCAUCAGCCUGGCCCUGUGGAGUUAUUUCUUCCACACGGAUGAGGUGAAAACCAUUGUUAAGUCCAGCAGGGAUGCGGUGAAGAUGGUGAAGGGCAAGGUGGCCGAGAUCAUGCAGAAUGACAGGCUCGGGGGGCUAGACGUGCUGGAUGCAGAGUUCUCCAAGACCUGGGAGUUCAAGAGCCACAAUGUGGCUGUCUACUCCAUCCAAGGCCGGAGGGAUCACAUGGAGGACAGGUUCGAAGUAAUCACUGACCUGGUGAACAAGACUCACCCCUCCAUCUUCGGGAUAUUUGAUGGGCAUGGAGGAGAGUCGGCCGCAGAAUAUGUGAAGUCCCGCCUGCCUGAAGUCCUAAAACAACAUCUUCAAGACUAUGAGAAGGACAAGGAGAACAGUGUGCUGUCUUACCAAACCAUCCUGGAACAGCAGAUUUUAUCAAUUGAUCGAGAAAUGCUGGAAAAACUGACUGUAUCCUAUGAUGAAGCAGGUACAACUUGUUUGAUCGCACUGUUGUCAGACAAAGAACUCACAGUGGCCAACGUUGGUGAUUCACGAGGAGUCUUGUGUGACAAGGAUGGGAAUGCUAUCCCCCUGUCACACGAUCACAAGCCCUACCAACUGAAAGAGAGGAAGAGGAUUAAAAGAGCUGGUGGUUUUAUCAGCUUUAAUGGCUCCUGGCGCGUUCAGGGGAUCCUGGCCAUGUCCCGCUCGUUAGGAGAUUACCCUCUGAAGAACCUGAAUGUUGUCAUUCCUGACCCUGAUAUUCUUACCUUUGACCUGGACAAACUGCAGCCUGAGUUCAUGAUCUUGGCGUCGGAUGGUCUGUGGGAUGCUUUCAGCAACGAGGAAGCUGUCCGAUUCAUCAAGGAGCGCUUGGAUGAACCACACUUUGGUGCAAAGAGUAUAGUUCUACAGUCCUUUUACAGAGGAUGUCCUGAUAAUAUAACAGUGAUGGUGGUGAAGUUCAGGAAUAGCAAAACAGAAGAACAGUAAUUACUGGUGGUUCUCUGCCUCACUCUGAACUUAAAACAAACUCUUACAUUUUAAACAUAGUAGAAAGCUCUAGUAAAUACCGUUAAGAUCCUACACAAAAGGAACAGAUCCCUCUGGUCUUUGUUCUUUGCUUAACAAAAGGAGCAAUACAACAAAUACGUUCUGAGUGAUUAUAAGAAUUAAGUUUGUUCACAUGUACCUGUCUCCUGUGACCUUGCCGCUCCUUAGAAACUAACUGUAAUCUUCCAGUUCAGAAUUUGCUUUACAAAUCUUGUGUCGACUUUUCAUUUGAUUCCUUACCUCUCAUUUCUAAUAGUCAAAGGUUCAUUCAGAUGCACAGCAGGGUCAGGGCAGUGCUGCCGCUUAAUAGCAAGUGAUAGGAGCGAUGCUGCUUUUCACUCGUAGGUGUGACUCUUCAGAACGAUGCUCUCAUGUUUCUCAUCUCUUUUCCUCUUUGAUCUGCAGUGAUAAGGUUGUAUAGGAAAAGGUCUGCGAUUAUUGGCCUGUCAUUGAUAUGAAGGAGGAAGAGGAGCCAACUAUUAGCCUGCUACCACCGAACUGGCUCUCUCACUUUGUUUAACCUCCCCCUCCCUUAAAUAAAUCCCCGCCAAGCAUGUGAUUAGGUAGAGUUACUGAAUUACCUGAAGCCACAUGUUUGUUCAGUCUGUGCAUUACUCUAAUAACAUUUCUUCUAUGCCGUAUUGUAUUCAAACCAACUGUUAAACUUCAGCAAAAUACUCUGAGGUCUGAUGCCUUCUAUAUCAAAAAAUAGCUCUUUUGUGGUAGAAGAAUGUCUGUCAUUCACUGAGACUCACCCUUACGUUAGUUUUUUGGCAUGGACUUUUCAUAGGCAUGUAAAGAAAGUAAUGCAAGAUAAAAUUAAUUUCAUUAGUGACUGUUUGGAAAACUAAUGAAAACAGGGCAUUCCUUAGAGCUACCUAGGUGAAGUCAAGCCUAUUAAAGACUUCCUUGUACCACUGCAGAUUAAUUUGUGGUGUUAAUCCAGGGCAAGACCACUUUAGAACCAUUUUUUUGGUAUAAUGUAUAAAUGCCAGGCAGUGUCAUUGCACUGUGGAGAUGAAAGCUUCUGUUAAGUCUAGAUAAAAAUAUGUUUAGAUCUAACUUUCAGUAUUUAAUUGUAUUUUGGAAUCUGUGACUACUGUAAGUUUAAACAAUGACAGUCUGAGUUUGCUCUGCAUCUGAUAACUUAGCUGGCUGCUUCGUGAUGAAGAGGCAGCAGUAGCAGAGUGACAGGGCAACGCGUGUUAGAGGAACAGAGCCAGGGCCCGAGUUGAAGGUUAGUAUGUCGGAUGGCUUGCUUACCCGUAUCGUGUCUUACAACAAUCCUUGGGAUUCCCUUCCCACAAAACGUGGUCCUGGAGGAUCCGCUGAAGUCUCAUCUUCAAGGUGAUGGAGGUUGUCAGUAUUUGGGUCCUGAGGUGAAUCAGGGAUACAAUACAUUAACUAAUCUUGUCUGUUUCUUGGGUAAAGAUACAAUAUUACUUAGUUAAAAAGCUACCUGUUUCUCAUCACCCACCUAUAGCAUUUUGGGCAAGUGGCUUGCUGGUCCCUAAAAUAUUGUGAUGUGUUGUGGUUGUGCUGAGCGGGUGUGAUGUCUGUGAAGACAAAAAAUGAAAGAGCACAAAUUCUGCUCUCUGCUCGAGAAGGAAUUCCCACCUUAGUCUUUUCAUUUUGCUUCCUAGGUUAUCUCUUCCCCAGCAAACUUCCCUCCUUUAGUUUGUUUGGAGAUAAUUACAACUCUUAAUUGGAUCUGUUGCUAUUACCAGUGCUAUUCAAAUUGUAUACAUGCCCUUUAGCAGCCUCUUCUCAUCCCAGAUGCUGAGUAGAGCCCCUUGACUCCGAGGAAUAGACAAGUGAAAAGCAGAAGUAUGAAAGUGUCCAGCAUCCUCUGAAACCAGCAGGCACCCAGCCUGCACUGGUCCUUCCCCAGAGGAUGGAAGGUUUUGGACUUUUUAAAUCUCUUGAACAGUGCAUUCAGUGAAUUUUAAAUGCAACUUUGCAGUUAAAUUGAGCAGCUAACAGGAAACGUUAAUAAUUGCAGAGCGCUUCAGUUAUUUUAUUUUGAAAAGGUAUUUGAGGUCAGAACGCUGUGAAAUGAAAACCUUGUGUGAUAUUUUCAUGGGAGUGCUUAAUCAUGUACUCAUAAUGCUAACAGCAGCAGUAUCGAAACUGUGCUCCAGGCAGAGCUCAUGGUGCAUGUAGCGUUUGCCUUUCCUUUCUCCUUCACAGAUGAUGUUUCCAUUGUACUGGCUUUUCUUUGUAGGACACUGCCUGGAUGUUUGUCAAAACAGCUGCCCAGGGAAAAGAAGAGUUAGACCCAGCAGCCUAUAGAACUCUAAAGCAGCAGGACGCUUGUAUAGCAGAGACAUCAAUACUAAUCCUUCACAGGCAUUUGAGAAAUGGUCAGCUCCAAAAAAAACAUUAUAGACUAAUGCCACUUGAGCGAAAAGCUAAUGGCAGCCACUAAGCUUCCUGCAGCUCACGUUCUCGAGGUUAGCGAGCGUUGCUGAGGGAUGCCCGACCUUCCCCUGAGCACAGCUCGCUUGCUGGUUUCCCUGGCACUCAAGAUAGACAGGAAAAUGAGGUGGCAGGAAUCGUACACACUCUCAAACUCCUGAAGCAGCUGUGAGGAAGCAGUGGGAGGAUGGCUCACUCUGGAAGUAAGCCAUGCUCACAGGAUUUAGGAAAACACAUAGUGCAAUGCAAUACAGAACUGUUUUGCAGACUUGUCUGGGUAUUUAUGCCAGGAUUCAUUUACUCUGUCACUCACAGGCCCACCCAGUCCAUUACCGAAUCAGCCCUAUUUCAACCUUCGAGUGUCUGCAGUUGCAACAAUAGUUGGUUUAGCACCUUCAAUUUUCUCUGCAACACUCCCCCCUUUGUAGUAGCUCUUUCCUGGCCAAAGACAUUCAUGCCAAUGCUCUCUGGUAAGGUUGUUGACUUUUGUCUUUAUUACUUAAAAAAAAAUAGUUACAGGUGCUUUAGGUUUAAAGAUGAAGGACUAAUGGAGAUGACAGGCUUUGCGCAGUCUUCUACAUCCAUGUGCAGUGCCUCCCUAUGCUCCCUGCUAGAAGUCUUCUAAGAAGUCUUUAAUCCAGUUCUAGACAUCUGUAACUUUCCAGUCAUGCUGAUCUGUGCCAAAUUCUGUUGUGAUACAUACAGCUGUUGGAUGACAAGAUUAAGUAAUGUACGUAUUGCUUAUGCAACCUAAACUAUCUAGGGUUUGAUCCUCCACUGCCUUAAUAAUAUAUCGUACAUCUGGAAAGAGUUGCCGGACACUGUAGCCAGAAAUCUCCCCAGGUACGCUAGAGCAGCGUGGCAGAACGCGCUCCGGCAUCAGAGAGGCAGUACUUCCAGCACGCCAUCCUCAGUGCUGCUUUCCUGCCUGGCACCUCUCCAAAAAAAGGGAGAUGCAGUUUGGUUAAAGCGGCUUGCACACACCCGAGAGCUCCCUCUUGCCGUACGUGUUCAUGGAAGUUUUCUGUUAAGCCUGAGUAGCUCCAUUGGUGACAUCUGUUCAUCAGGCAAGAGCAUCACAUGGCAGAAAACUGAUACGUUAAGCUGCUGCCACAGCACAUCUUUCGUAUGGUCCGAUAUGAAAAAACGUACCUUGCAAUUACUCAGCUGAUCCAGUACUUAAAAAGAAUUUGGGCUCUUCCCAGUGGUAUUACAAGCUAGCAGUUUAACUCACGCAGUACGUUUUAAAGAUACCACCGUUUAGCUUUGUAUUCUGAUUAUAGACUACCGUUUAGUUUAUCAUUCUGAUGAUACACUAGUGGGGUUUUAGAAGGGCUGUUCAUUCGUGUAACGGAAGGGCUGUAGCCUUCACCGUUCGUAGCUCCUGCGGGGAUCCCCAGUCUAGGUACCAGCCCGGUUAGGUGAGGCCAUAGCUCCGUCUAGCGGCUGGCCUCAGCACGGUAACCACGCAGUAUUCGUUACAGCUAAUAGUUGCUCUCUUAGCCCGUGUGAAAAAUGUGCGUGACGUCACGUCCCCCUUGUCCCUUGUGCAGAAGUUAGCUAUGAGGUUAAUGCAGACCCGUUCGGUUGGGCUGAAUUUUACAGCAGUGCUGAAGCCGUGCAGGCUGAACGCGUGCAUCCCCGGACACGGCUGAGAAACGCAGAUACUCAGCUGCUAAAAACGCACGUGAAAGUUUGGCAGACCACAGUCCUGCCCAGCAUCCCCCGCCAGCUCACCCCCCGCCCCCCCCCGCACGGGUGUCUUCACAACGUUGGUGAAUGCAUUUUAAAUGCUUGUUUGUGGGAUCCACGUUUGGCAACAGUGCGGCUUACGCAGGCCGCAGCCAUCCAGCUUAGGAGAGUCCAGAAUUCAUCCCUGGUCUCGGGGGUGGCAGGAGACGCUAUUUUAUUUCGUAUAAAAUGUACGCCACUUCUUUUGUUGCGACAUCCAGCACUAGUGGUCUGGGCAUAUUGACCCUGUCUCAUGGGGGAGGGAUGGCCACAGACGACAUUGUGAGGACUGCGUCAGCGCUGUAGUCCUAAAAUUUCUAAAAAUUCAAAAUUUGAAAUUAGUGAGCCUGUUUUACUGAAUAGAAUGUUUGGAUAAAUAUAAAUAAAGUAAAUGCCAUCUAACAUCAUGAAGUAUUGUCUACUGCCUUGUGAAGGCAAGGUCAGUACCAAAACUAUUGCUAAUGUUAUUACAGUAUUAUACAAUUUAUGUAAGGUAAAAUUAAAACAAAAAAAAAAGUUGUGACUUUUUAGAAUACAGAAGUUAGUACUAAAGCACUGCAUCAGCUUGAAGUAACAGUGUUUGCUACAUAAACACUAACGCUGCAUCUUGAAAAUAAGGGAGUUUCGUUGUUCAGCUGCCUCUCAGAAUAUAUGCCAUCCUUGCUUUAAGCAAUAUUAAUAUAUUUCUAAUGUAUCUAAUACUCAUUUUACACAGAGAAACAUUUAGUAAGUGAUUAUACUAAAGAAGAAAAACCCGCACCAGCCUUUCAUUUUCUAAAGUAGGUUUUUAGGCCUCCAUCCGGAAAUCUGGCUGUACAAAAUUGCAAGGUUAAAAUUUAGAAUGUUCCGCUGAAGUUUGGCGGAACUGUAUAGACCAGAGCUGCUGCCCCUCAGUGUUGUCAAUAUAUUUAUAAAUUAUCUUUCUAAACCUGAGGACUCAUCUCUAAAAAGAUAUAUACAAUUAAUAUCGAUUUGAAUUUUAAAUCACUUUUAUUUAUGUAGUGCUGACUAUAUAAGGCUUAGGUAAGCAGCUGUUUUACAUAUAGUUUUCCCUUAGAUAACUUAAAGGUCCAGGUAUCGGUCAUCUCUAGUUAUAUAUAAUAGUCUAGAUGCUCUGUUAAGCAAAACGUGUGCAGUCAAAGCAGCUGAAGCCUAUCUAAAACCAUAAAUAAAGAGGCUCACAUCAAAAGCAGUUCUUGAGUAAAGUUCUGAAAUCCACUUUUAUGAGUAGGUCAGCUCCUAUGUCUGGUCUGCUCAGUCUUAAGGAAGAGCUCCGAAUUAGUUGAGCAGUAGGGAAAUAAAGCACUUUUUCUGCAUUUAAAAGACCAACCCUGUAUUCCUUUAAGCCUGUGGAGUGCAUCGGUACUUCUAGGGACACAAAUGCUCAGAAAUCUACUUCAGCCUCUAUUCCAAGUUAAUUACAUGAAUAAUCGGUUAUAACCGAUUAUUUUAGAAAUCUAAAUGCGGGGCUGUCAAACAUUGCUCUCUGGGAAUUCCUACACUGUAUUCAGGGGUGCAAGAGCAGUACAGAUGAAACUGUACUUUAUCCGCACUUGCUUUAAUCUUGGUAGUAACAAGAGUGAUGAAGUCAAGCCGUGUGGGCUGACGGUCAGAUACCUGCUCGGCGUCCCCAUGCUGCCUCUGCCCCGGGAAAGCAAGCUGGCUACACGUAGAGCGAGGUUGCUGCUGUGCCUCUGCAGAUGCGCUCCGUCAGCUUCAUCUGUUGUUGAUGACAGGAGACUCUCACACCAGAACUGCCACAGUCCAUCUGUCAUUUUUAAAUUUUCUCCUUCUGGUAAGAAAAACUUAGUUAUGUUAAAAACAUAAUUCAUUUGGAAAAAGUUCUUUGGAGUUAGUUCCAUUCUGUACCAAAUCUCGACACUGCUCUUUGGGAAACUGUUCCUAUAUGCAGAAGCUAGGUACAAAACGUAAGCAGUGGUUAGUAAUGCUGGAUUUACAAAUGAAAUCCAUUUUUUUUAUAAAUUUCAAACCCAUCUACCUUUAACAUGGCAAACUGUAACAAUCACGUAACUGUUAACUACAAAGUUAACAGGAGCAGCAUGUGGAAAAACAACAUUAAAACCCAUAUUGUGUGAAUAUUACCCUGAGCAACUGUAAAACCACUUCUACCCAGUGCAUUUGGAAAUGCUAAGAAACAAUUGAGACAGACUCGUUAUGAAAACGAACCACACGUUUAGAACUCUGCGAGGGCAGGUCGGAGCUUUAUUAACAAAAAUCCUACACAACACAAGAUAACAGAACCACAAUGUUUAAGCAAUCCAUCUUGGUUAAAGACAGCUUUCAUUUAGUACAACACGCCUGUGUUAUCGUAGAUAAGAGCCUCUUCAGGCUUCUGCUUGUAACAUUUUCUUCACUCGGAGCCAGAAGAGUUUUUAAGAUUUUAUCUUUAUUGCAAGCUCAGGGGAGGCUGCACUUUACUCCUAGGUGGAGGACCACCGCAGGCAAAGCAUUACUGACAGGAGCGGCUAGGACGUCAGGCUGAGCCCCAUCCCAGUCGGGAUGGACGCAACCCCUACACACCAUCGUCUCUCACACUGUAAAGAAAACUCAUUCAGAUAAUUCGGAUUAAUGUGGCCUGGAAAAUUAACGUGCUGCACAGCAACUGUCAGAAGGCUAGAGGAAAACAGAGCUCAGAUAUAUAAACCAUGUCAAGAGAGGUCGUUUGGGGUAAACUUUGUAUUUUUAAGUUCUUAUUUUAUAGGAGGAAAACUAAGUCCCAAAAUCCUGUAACUGCAGGUGAGACAAACUGCGCUGUUAACACAGGCGGUAUUUCCUCAUAUGAGUUGUAGGUCGAUGCUGCUUUUUGCUAAGAAUCACUAACAGCAGCAUUUCAGAGAGGCUAUACUUUCUUUAGCCCUGUGAAAGAAAGCGGCUUUGUGAUUUUUAGAAACCCAAUAUGUAAAUAGAGGGGGGUGGGUUUGGUUUUGUUUUACAAUUUUAGUUUUCCUUAAAAUGUGGACUCAACUACAUAUGGGGGGCAGGGGAAAUAAUAAGUAAACUCAACCAUCUGCUUAGCUUCAUUUUAACUUUGUUUUCUUUCCUUCCUACGUGGAGUACUUGCAUUUGGAUGUGGUUUACAGCUUAACAUGCAAUACACAGAAACUGCAUUAAAACCUGACAAGCUUAAUUUAAGACUGCAGAAAGCUUUACAGCUCUCUCCCUACCACCUCUAUCUUAAGCAAACUGUGGAGUACUUCAUAAAUGAUCAAAAUGGUACACGCUAGUCACAUAAAAAUGGAGAUGAAUGAAAAUUUGAACAAUAGGGAGCAAAGCUCUGCCUCCCAAACUCCUUCAAGAUACCUGACAUAACCAAUAGACACUUCUCAGGAACUCGGUGUCACACUGUUUGGUUAACCUUCCAUCAGUUUCUAGUUUAAAUUUGAAAGAACUAUGAUAAAAAUCCAUUAUUUACUGUGCAUCCAGGCAUUCGUGACUGAGUUACAAUGAACUUGCAUUGAAAUGCUUUAGUAGUAACUAGAAAAUGUAAGACAAAACUUAGGAAAAUAUUCCAAACCAUCUAUGUCCUGUUAAUCCUGAACUGAUCGUAGAGAAUAAUGCCCCUAAGUUUGCAGCACAUACUAUUGCAUGGUUUAUUUUGAAUUUGUUUGUUCUAGAAUGCACACAAAACAUAUAAGCAUUUUGAUUUUUUAACUCUUCUGAAAUAGUACACAGGCAACACGGGCUUGAAAUUUUACAUUGUCAACCCCUUUUGCUAUCCACCCAGCAGCAGUUUCCAAACAUCUUUGACCAAUGGAUCACUGUUAGGCUUUUCAAGUCAGAAAGCCCCACAAUUAUCAAAAUCACAAGUGCUUGAAUUCUGAUUUAAUACAGCUUUCUGAACCACUUACCUGCAUGAGAAAAAGAAUCUUAGCAUUUGGGAAAAUCUUAGCCUGUGGUUUAGGCUUCGGUUUUAGUACAAUACUGUAGGCAGAUGCAAUAAAGUUUGGGCCCACCACUGACUUAAAUGCUUCCAUUAGUUCACAGUCUGGAGCUUUCUUUACCUCUUGCAUGGCUGCUCACACUAGAAAUGUUCCUGAUAUUUGCAUUAAGCAGAAACUUUAGCUUAGUUAUGAAUUUUUAUGGUCUUUUAAGCAAUAAUUAGGUCAGACCCAAAUACAAACCAGAUUUAAAAAAAAAAAAACAAAAACAAAACCAACUCAUUUCCAAAACAGGAGCAGGAAUAUUUUACAAUGUAAAUUUCUUGCAGAAUUGAUGUCACUUUAGAUUACAAUUUCAGGUGGCAUAAACAGAUCACUGUGUAUAAACCUACAUUUGUGAAAGCAAAAGCCUGUAAUCUAUGAUCAGUGUUAUCAUUCUGGGGCACAAAUAUAAAAAAUACCUUGCUUGGUGACAGUUGCAUUUUUAUUGCAGUCCUGCACAGCCAUUUCUCUGUGAUAUACUUGUUUCUUACUCUCUCAACAGGAGCACUGUCUGCUUUAUCUAUCCAGUUUCUGAAGAUUGCAUCGUCUUUCAUAAUUACAUUUUUUUGAAAAAGCAAUACAAACUGUGCUGUAGUAUCAGUGUUCUUGUGACAAAUAAUUUAUUUCUAAACAUUCAACAUGGCAGGCUUAUAAGAAAAAUAUGGAGGGUUUGUUUUGUUUUGUUUUUUAAGAUGUAUAAACAAUCAAAGAACAAGUUAAACGCUUCUCACAGAGCUCUCAGGAUCUGACCACAGUACAGCAAUCAAAUAACAGAUCCUAAAACCAUAGGAACAGCUGUAGUUUUACCUCUGUUUCUAGAAAUACAAUAGCAUUCUUCCCUCAGUUAUGCAGUACUGUAUCUUUAGCUAUUUAGUUUAACAAACAAAAUCCAUUUUUGAAAAACUUUGACCUUCUUAACAUGCAUUGUUAGAACGCUGACAUCUGAAAUACUUGUCUAGAGAGUAUUCUUCCCAAGACCUCAUUUUUAUACCUAAAAAACCCCACAUGCUGUAAUUCUAACAAAAAACCAUGUGCAGUUGUUGAAAAGAUAGCAAAAUUCAAUACUGACCAUAAUCACAAUGUAACAAAAAAACUGGUGAAACCUCAAACUUGGUACUAGAGGUUCCUGCACCUCUUCUAAUUUGUCUCUAAGAGACUAUCUGAAAGACAGCCAAAUGUAAAUAUAUCAUAACAUCUUAGCUGUAGUACAAAUAAGGUGGCAGUGCUCUGUCAUUCUAGAUGUACAGGAUGUAACUAUAGUAUCUUCACCGUGUAGUGGAUGUGUCAAGAAUAAUUAUGUUAAUGCAAUUGCAAAUUCUAUAUUGUUGUCUAUUAGAAGUGUAAACUACUGAAAACUUGGCCUUGCUGGUAUGAAUAAAGUGAUUAAAAUAUCCAUCUUUAC